AUGACACUUCAAGCCCGUGAGGGGAAGAGCGAGGACGCGAAUCGGCAGUCGUGGACGAUGGGAUGCAGGCCCUUCACGUCCAAGACGAAGGAGAAGGUGAUUAAAGCGUGCAGGAACGAGUGUUUCUACUGUCAUGCGCCGCUCCAUGAGAAGAACAGGGAGAUCGACCACGUCGUGAAUAGGACAAGGGCCGGUUGCAGCAACGAGGCCAAAAAUGGAGUUGCCAGCUGCAGAGACUGCAACAGACGAAAGGGCAUCCGCACGGCCUACGAUUUCCAAGUGAACGUUCUCGGAAAAAAUCCCCGCUGCCAGGGAUUCACGAGAGAAGGACACAGAUGUCAGCAAGGAGUGGCUCGAGGAAAUCGCAAAUACUGCAAAGACCAUUCCGAUGCACAAAAGCGUCAGAAAACGCAGAACGCCCUCAAACCCCGUAAGCCCAAACGGUUCGGUACUCCCGAGUCCCUCCCUGCCUAUUAA